ACCAGGUGACAGAAUGGACAGGCAUGUUGGAGAGGGAGGUGGCCGGCGAGGAGGGGUUGGCCGGAGAAGAAAAAGUGGCCGGGGAGGACGGAAUGCCCGGGAGGCCCAGCGGAGGGGAGAGGGAGGUAGGUCCGGCGUGGACUCCCAUGUGGGUGGUCCGGGUGGAGGAGAGGAAGGUGGAGGUGAUGGCGGUGGAAGCAAAGGCGGGGACUUGUCUGGCGGCGAGCAACGCCAGAUGAACCCAUCCAGCAGCGAGGACGCUGCAGGCAAGCCCCAAGGCGGCGGAGGAGGAGUGGAGGGAAGCAAAGGCGGGGACUUGCCCGGCGGCGAGCAACGCCAGAUGAAUCCAUCCAGCAGCGAGGACGCUGCAGCCAAGCCCCAAGGCGGCGGAGGAGGAGUGGAGGGAAGCAAAGGCGGGGACUUGCCCGGCGGCGAGCAACGCCAGAUGAACCCAUCCAGCAGCGAGGAGGCUGCGGCCAAGCCCCAAGGCGGCGGAGGAGGAGUGGAGGGAGGCAAAGGCGGGGAUUUGCCCGGCGGCGGCGAGCAAUGCCAGACGAUCCCAUCCAGCAGCGAGGAGGCUGCUGGCAAGCCCCAAGGCGGUGGAAGAGGACUGGAUGGAAGCCAAGGCGGGAGCUUUACAGGCGGCGGCCAAAGCAUGAACUCGCCUGCAUCUCUCAAGGAAACCAUCCUUGGUUGGGACGUCGAUGACAUCCUGGCUGAUAAUCAAACGCUUCCAGAGGUACCAGAUUUCAGUGACUCUGUCGAAGAAUAUAUGAGUGCAUACUCUGCUCUUUUGGUUCAGGAAUGUAGGGCUGCUGUCAAGGAUGCAUUGCAGAACAUUCAUGAAUCAUCACUACCUUACAUUGUCAAACAUAUUUUACCCACAAAUUCAAAGUCAGAGAUUUUCCUUGACGUCGACCUCAACCUAGAUGCAAAGGGCAGUUGGCAUGUCGCAAGAGAGGGGGAUCUUUUUCUGUUUAGUACUUACUCUCCUCAGCAAGAAGAGUUUAAGUAUUCAUACAAACACAGAUCUUUUGGCAUUGCCUCUGAUAUCAGUCCGCACUCCAAAUUUCAUCGAGGCUUCAAAGCAGAUUCUACCAAAAAGUUGAAGAAUUUCAGAUAUGCAACAUUUUUGAUCAACCUGAAUGGUUUUCUCAGUGCUUGGAAAGCAAUGCAAGUGCAGGAAAAUGGAAAUAACUGUGCUGGAAUUCGAUCAAUUAUGAAAUUGCCAAAAUUGCCCAGCACUGAUGAUCCUUGCUGCCCUCAGUCAGUCUGUUUGAAUAACACGGUGUUCGGAAAUCUGAGUGGACAUCAACGAAUCAUUGCCAGUUCUGUUGCUCGAGCAUUCCAGUGCAAACACGGUAAUAUUGUAAAGCUUCUUUGGGGCCCUCCAGGGUCUGGAAAGACGCUGGUAAUCACCAAGGUUCUCCGCUAUUUGCAACAAUUGUCUAUGAGGAUUUUUAUAUGUGUUCCUUCAGAAGACCAUGUCCUUUCAUUGCUAAUGCUUCUUGAAGAAUCAGAAUAUAAAUUCAAUGAUCUCCUUGUUCUGGAUAACUUAGAGGGUAGAGAAAUCACCCAAAAAGUUCGUGAAACUUGCUUACAGGAUAGGUCACUGGAUUUUCUGUGUUGCAUCAAAAUGUAUGGACAAUUGGUUCAUGAAAUGAUUUUGCUUCUGAACUUGGAAAUGUUCUGUACUAAAAAAUGUGAUCAUAAAUCAGUGACUCGAUGUGGCAAAACCAGCCUUCCUGUCUUCAAAUUGCAGGCCUUUAAGAACAGCUUCAGUACUCUUGUUACUGGUAUGCGGCAAUGCUUGCUCGAGCUAAAAGGCAGAUUCUCAGGAAUGUGCUUGACAAAUGAAAAUGUGGAAAGCAUUGGGAAUUUGCUCGACACUUUGGAAGUUUUAGAUAACCUACUGAACCAUAAAAUAAAAGAUGAGAAGAGCGUGCAUCAAGCUUUUGGAUUGGUAACCUUGGCACCAUCUGCUGCUGGAUUUCAUGAGUACCCGUUUGCUGAAGAACUAAACAGUGCUAGAGUGGCAUGCUUAAGAGCAGUUGAAACUUUGAAACACUCAAUUACGCUUCCAAAGCAUUUUCGUGAGAGAAGAGAUAUUGAAAACUAUUGUAUUCAGAAAUGUCAAGUGAUUGUUAGUAGCACCUGUUCCAACAAUCGUUUGCUUCAGUUGGACACACACCAAAUCGAUCUGCUGAUAGUAGAUGGUGCUGCUAAUAUUAAAGAGUAUGAUUUGAUUGUUCCCUUGAGGCUUCCAAUCAGACAUGUUUGGAUGUCGGGCACUGCGAACAAGCAACCAACAACAAAUAAGGUGGCCCAGGAUGAUGGGUUCUCCAAUAAUCUUUUCCAAAGACUAUCUCAACUGGGGUUUCCAAUGGAUAGGCUCACGGAGCAAUUUCUAAUCAAUCCAGCGGUUUUCCAGUUCCCGAAUGAGUAUUUGUAUGAAGGAAAGAUUUUAGGUGCUCAAAAUGAUUGUUCUCCAAGCUACAGUAAAGAAUUCGAAAGCCUAAUUCUUCAAAAUUAUUUAUUCAUGGAUGUCGUCAAGACGGGUGCUAAUGCUGACAAUGACUUAACUGAGGAAAGCGCAAUUCUUUACAUCUUGCAGCAAGUGCUUUUCAAAUCUUGGAAAGGUGUUAACAGAAAGCUCAAUGUUGCUGUUGUGUGCCUACAUAGUAGCCGUGCUGAUGCAGUCAAAAGUCGCCUGAUAAACAAACAUGGCACUCAAGAGAAAAUUAAUUUACAUGUGAAGUGUGCAAGCAGUUUGCAGGGAGAAAUGUAUGAUGUCGUCAUUAUGUCAGCGCUUUCAACAGAUAACAAGAAGUUUGUUCAUGACCAGCAUAUCAUCUCAACAAUCACCCAAGCAAGAUAUUGCCUAUGGACACUGGUUUAUCUUCUUGACGCUCCUCGGCAUGAUGGAGUUUUCACAAAACUUCUUACUGACGCUACUGAGCGGGGGUGUUUUGUAAAAUUAUCACCUGUGGUCAGUGAUCAGUUGGACAAAAAAGUAUCUUUUGCUCAUCUGUUUGGCGGUAACCCUGCUCCCAGAAAGGUUACUAUUGAAUUCACUUGGAAUGGCAGGCCUCACAACAGCAAAUAUAUUUUAGCUGAUUUGCGAGAUCAGAAAAGUUCUGAUACUUGCACGCUUCAAUCUGCUUUGGCGGCGAUGGAGUCCACGAAAAAAUUCCAGUACUCAAAAUUUAAACCACCAAAAGAUUUUGAGUGGAUUUUAUCCGAUGCUCAUUUGAGGUUAGAAUACAAGGUUACCACUAAGAAAGACAUCGGAGAAGAAGUGGACAUGCCUCAAAGGGGCUGCAAACGCCUUGACACUGGUCUACACAUUCUCAAAGAGACUGGGGCCAUAGCACACAAACCUCAGCAGCCCGAGCAGGUGAGCCCACGCCGUUUCAAGCUUAAGUCGUAUUCAAGACUGGAGAUCAAUGAAAAUGGAGGCAUGAGUGUUGCUGCCCGUGCUGUAGUUGAUGGAACCUUCUUCUUGAUGCAUUUUAAAGUUUCGCGAAACUACUUCACAUUGAAGCCUGGACAGGUUUAUCACUUCGACGCCAACAAUGCAUACUUAAGCCCCUCAUUUUUGAUACCAGCAUCUCAUGCUGUGAUGAUGAUUGGGUCAGGGGAUACCCAUAUAUACACAGAAUUGCCGAGCGGAGACAUACAGCAUGAAAAAAGUGUCCAUGUGAACUUUCAGAACAGCGCUGGAAAGCUGCUCGGUGAUGACGGUUUUGGUAAAAUUGGGUCGAGCUCUGUGCGGGGUCUAUACCAGCUCACAAUCUGAACACGCAGGACAUUUUUGAUCCCUGGUUUUGUAAAAACAAACUAACAGAGGACACCAACGUUAAUUGAAACCCUGAAUUUUAUGCA